AAAAGAAGAUUUUACGAAUGCUCGGAUGGAAUGGAUUGGUGGUUGCAUUUUGUUUUUAUCCUCUAGGAAGAAGUGAAGCCCACCUUUCCCUGCGUCGAAGUAGUUUGCUGUUGAUACGUGGUGUUUUCAGCCAUGGCAGAGGUUAUGGAAUCCAUGGAAGAGGAGAGUUUGAGGGAGAAUAAGCCACGCCGCAAGCCCAGUCCUGCUAGCUUUGAAAUGGACACAAUUGAUGGAUUUCCAAUUCGCAGUUUCACAACUGGUGAAUCAGCGAAGGCGUUUGUUUCUCAGCAUGAGACGCAGCGUAUCCAGCGCGAGGAGCAGAGAAGACGCGAGCAACAAGCUCGCAUUCAGCAGCAACAGCUGCAGCACUAUAUGCAGCAGCAAAAGCUGCAGCAAGCAGAAGAGGAGCGGGCGAGGAAAAGAAUGCGACGCUUGGAGGACCACAAGUAUCCUGAGUCGGAGUUCAUCACAGAGCAUGGCAUUGACAGCAUGGUACCAUCACCGACUUGUGAGCGAAGCGUUCGUGUCAAGUCCGACAGUGACUCCGACUACGAACCAUCGGUUGCCAAGAAAAAACGCCGUACGUCGCAUAGCCAUCGCAGCAAGGGACGCAUCCAGUCUCAGCACUACUCCGGUUCGAGUUCGUCCGACGAGGACCGGCCGCCGGCCAAGCUGCCCAAGCCGAUGCUGGGCUCGGUCACCGUCGGGCCGCACGCCAUACGCCACCCGGCGCCCAUGCAUCACACGCCGGGCAGCAUGCGCGCUGCGGUUCAUCACCACGCGCCGCCGCCGUUACAUGCAGGCCCAGUGGUGCAGAUGCCGCCAGCACAUGGCCACCAGACGCAUGCUACGGCAGCAGCCGGUGCCGCCACACACCGCGCAGGUCCGGAAGGCUAUACGCACACGAGUCGCGAGGCAAUUGAGCAGUACAAGCGCUCGAUCAUGGUGAAUCGCUCCCAGGCACAACCCAAACCUCCCCAGGUGACCCAACCCUCCAUGGCGCCCACUACCACCGCCAGCGGCAGCAACAGCAACAGUACGGCUGCCGAGCAGCAGGCUGCGGGUUCACAGGCACAAGCUGGCCAGGGCACCAAGUGCCCGCACUGCUUUAAGUCACUAAAAUGGGAGUACAACCUGCCCCGUCACUUGCAGUGCUGCCCGGUUAAGAACGCGCGGUCCGGGUUGCUUGUGCCGGUGCCUGUGCCUGGCGCCGGUGCCGUCUCGCUGGAGCCGCCGGGUGGGGGUGGCGAUAUGGGCGUUGCGCGACCCUCCUCUACCGAUGAGUCCAGUCCUGUCUCCUCGCACACAUAUCCCCGAGCGAAUCGAAACCCGGGGCCAGGAGGUGCGGGUUACAAGGUUGAAUCCCCAGCACCCACCACCCCUGGCGUCGCCACCACCACCUCGCACAACACCAGUAAUAACAACAACAGCGGUGGCGGUGGUGGUGGUAACGACCAAGGUGCCACUUGUCCGCACUGCUUUAAAUCUCUCAAGUGGGAGUACAACCUUCGCCGCCACAUGCAGAGCUGUCCCGUCAAGAACGGCAAGGCAGCGCGGCCUCCCACCCCGCCGGGUUUCGAGAACCUGUCCUCAAACAAUGCAGCUGCGGCGGCAGCAGCACCGGGACCGCAGACAGGAGGCGGAGGAGGAGGGAGUGCUACUGGUGGCGGCGCCACUCUCAAUGAGCUGCUGGCGCUGCGGUCAGGUGAGGUGUCGCCGGCGUCACUUGGUGUGGGUGCUGCACUGCAUGUCAGCUCUGGAAGCAGAGGUCCAGGCGGGCCAUCGCGUGUACAUGACGGCCGACACUUGUCGACUUCCUCCUCAGCAUCUGCUGCUGAUACUAAACCGAUAGGGCCACUUCCACUGCGCGGCCCCAACGACUUUGCUAUUCCACAUGCCCGUGUGUUUGACAAGGAGUAUCCUCGUCUAACGAUGGAAAUUCACUGGCCGAUCCUUCACGUUGCCAUUGCCAACCGUAUGAAACAACACAUCGACGGUGGAAAAGAGUGCCCGUUUGAGGAGAUCCACGACACGCUGCCACCCUACUUGCCGCGGCCAACGUUCCACCACACCCCUGCUACUAACGGCAUUGGCAACGGCGCGCCGCCGUCCUCCGAGCCACCAAGCAGCCAUGGCAGCGCCACCUCAAUGCCACUCACGACGGUCUCCUCCGGCCAGUACGGGCCGGCGGCUGAUCAUCACGGCCCACCAGCCACAGCCCCUGCGCUGCCAUCCUACUCGGGAGUCAGUCCAGGCGGCAGCGCGGCAGCGUCGACGGCAAGUGACUCGCACUUGACCACCGAGCAGCGGCGCAGCGGAGGCACUAGUCCUGCAUCGUGCCGGGGCCUCACACCACCACCGCCACCGCUGCUAAAGGCACAAGGCGACAAGCAGCAGCCAAUGGUGGACAGUGCCAGCAAGGCUAGCGGGGUCGAGUCGGCCGGCACCCAGGCGGCGUCCAAGCUGCGUGAGCGUCUCGAGCAGCCCGUAUCGACGUUGUCGUCUGCCCCUAGCUCUCCCGGCGCUGCAGCAAUGGCCGUCGCCGGCGGCGGGUCCGACAAGUCCUCGUCCAACGGGAAACCCACCGCGGCUACUGCAACGGUCACUACUACCAGCAGCAGCACCAGCGCUGGUAGCACAGGCAGCAGUGGCGGUGCUAGCAGACCUGUCAGUACACCUGCUGCUGCUGCUGCUGCUACUGCUACUUCUUCUGCUGCUACUACUGCUGGUGUAGCACAGUCCAAUACACUCAUGAGUGUAGAUCACAAGUCACUCGUGUUGAUAGACAAGAAGCCCAUGGUGGGAAUCAAGACGCCGUCCGGCAUACAGUAUAUUGAAGUCAUCGUCACUCAGAUGAACAAGGUCAGCACCGGCAAGGUGCUGGUGCGCCCAAUCAACGCGCUCAGCGCAGAGCUCCUUGAGGCCAUCACUGCCAAGCCGUCGACGCCGCAAGCCUAUGCCGGCUCGUCUGCGCAAUCCACUAAAAAUGCUGCUGCUGCUAGUAGUAGCGGUGGUGCUUCGGUAUCCACAAUGGAAACAUGUUCGUCCGGCUCAUCCGCGUCAGGCAGCACUGCUGCGCCCACGGUUACUACCACAGUGGCGGGUAGUGGCAACAGCAGCAGCAGCAAGCCUGUUGCUGGUACUCACCCCGUCAUUCUCCCGCUUGCCGCACGCGCUGACCAGGUUGCUGGCGGCAACGCGCGGCCGGUUGCCGGUGGUAACAGCACUCGGCCGGUGGUUGCUCAGCAGGUCAGCUCCGUGGCAGCCCGCACCAGUGCAGCCAUGACUGUCACGUCAGCGGCGGCAGCUGCUGAUUCCAAACCUUCGUCAAAGACGGCCUCGCCUGCUCCAUCGCCGGUGACUGCUCGCUCCCCCUCGGCCAGCUCUGCGCCGAUAUCGCCAGCAGCAGCAGUGCCAGCACCAGCCACCGCUCCCUCACCGCCCAAGUCUGAAUCAAGCCCGACGAAUGUGUCGGCCACGACAGCUUCGGGCAAUGCCGGCAGCAGUCCAGCUACCCAGUCGUCAGAGCGCAAAACGUCUGACAUCGCCGACUCCAAUACUGCUGCUGCUGCCGGCGGCGGUACCGCUGAUGACAAAGAGGGCUCGACGGUUGCAGGAGCUGAUGAGCCCGCGAAAACCGGGAACGCCUCCGGCGGCAAAGAUGACAGUACAACGGGCGGCGGCGACGGAAUUGAAUCGAAGGAGAAGGCCAGCAAGCCCCACAAGGAGGAGUCUGGCGGCCAGUAACGGUCGUGGACUUGCACGUGUCGUGAUUAUCAAAGAACACGUCGUCUCUGAAUAGUUAUCCGAUUGUGUGGUGUGGGUGCAAAUCUGUACUGUAGAUCAUGUGUAGGUCCUGCACUUGUGUCGUGCUGAUGCGUCGCUACUCUUGUUUGCCUUGUUUUACGGAUUAAGAGGAACCCAAUAUGUGUGUUUCGCUGUGGUGUGAGUCAACAUAUCCAUCACCUCUCUUUCUCUCUUCUCUGUCUGUCUCUCUCCCAUCACUAGUCUGUAUGUGUGCAUUUACACAGCACACGCGACUGUCUAGAAUGCGUGUGUCGCUUUGCUAGAGUAUUGCCACCAUGCUGCUAACCAUGGCCACACCGGGUGGCAUGUGGCUACACACUAUCCUGUCUGCUCUGGAGCCACACGUGAAGUUGCACAGUAUCGUCCUUGUUCUUUUGCAUACAAAUUGAUCUGCUCCCUGCACAUAGGGAUAUACUCCAUGCUCCAUAGGAUACUUUUGCUUUAUUUUAUCACACUGAUUACAUUGCUAUUAUACUUUCUGUUGUGCUGACGCUGCUGCUGCUGCUGCUCCUGCUAUGACUAACCAUGUAUGUUGUUUCUGUGUUGCGCUACGUCUUGUUGCUGGUGCCGACAAUGAGGACCACCGUGAUGUUACAGAUUGUGGUAUUGAUGAACAGGAUUUUAUAUUGUGCACUGUUUAUUGUUCGUACUUCAAAAGUAGAUUGGUGCCUUCUAUUCUGCACUAGUUGUCCCGACAUUUGUGUUCAUAUCAUGCAUUUCUUUCGCUGCGAUCGUGUGUUCCGUUGUAGUUUCUUCCUUCCAAUAGCCAGACGUGGCUGCAUGGCUGCUUCGUGUGUCGUCCAGUCAACGUGGUACGACUUGUUCUGUUUUCUUUUCUUUGUUUUUUUUAAUGGUGUCCUCGCUGCCGGUGCCCGCUCCCUCUUUCGGUGUUGUGUUGUUUGGCACACAAACAUUUAACGGCUUAUAACCAUGCCUUCUUUUUAAGUUCUAACCACUGGGUGAGACAAGAUUGCAUGAUGCGUGAUGGUACGAAACUAUGCGUGCAGUCAG